CACGAUGCGCUGCGGGGCGCUGGCGGUGGCGCUGCUCUGCGCCCUCCCGCUGUGCCCCGCGGGGCUGGAGCCCCCUGAGCCGGGCUCCGGGCUGCACGCAGACGAAGUGAACUUGCUGGACAAAAUCACUUCGCAUGCACAGGACCUCAGCAAUGUCUCCUUUGUCCAUGAUGAAGCCAACUGCAGCAUCCUGGAGAUCGGGCAGUAUGCUACCCUCAACAUCCCCACGAGAGAGGCGUUUGGGGACAGGUUUGCAGAUGAGCUGAGUGUGCUGAUGAAGCUCAGGUACUCACUGAAGGAGGACACCAGCCUUGUGACCAUUCUCAGCCAUCGGAGCCAUGUGCUCUUCCAGAUCAGGAUCAACCCAUACACCUUGGUCUUUGUCACCACAAGGAGGAGGCACUAUGAGUUCCCAGUUUCCUUCCUCGGCGAUGGGCACUGGCACCAGGUUGCUCUCAGCAUCUCCUUGGAGAGGCUGGAGUUGCACGUGGACUGUCGGCUGGUGGACAGAGUGAGCUGGUCCAACUAUUUUGGGAUGGGAGUGAACACUGAGGGGCUUAUCAUCGUUGGAGGCCUGAUUGAGUCCUUCGAGAUCCCCUUUAAGGGUGCUCUACAGCAACUGACCUUUGUGAUGGGAGACCCAGCAGCCGCCGGUGAGCACUGCCGCAGCUAUAACCCAACGUGCGCAUCCUCCUUCAACCUCAACCGUUUCGGUUCCCCAUGGGAGCUUCCAACAGCCUGGCCAGAGGUGCCGAAAGAAACCAAUGAAAUCCAGGACCCAUCUGCUCAGGACUCCAGACUCACCCAUUCAGAUUUGACCUUGGAGCUCCCUUGGAUGCAGGAGGAUGCCCAGGAGACCCUCAACAUUCAGCCUGAUGGGAAUGCCCUGACUUCACCCCCUGCCACUGAGAUGCCAUCAGCUGAGGAGGAGGAGAGCAGCCUUUCUAUUGAGGAGGAAGGCUUUGAGCUGUUGAACUCCACCUAUAACAAAAUCACCGGCCCUGGCAGGCCAGGGCUCAGCAGAGCCAGCUCGUGGGUUGCUGGUAGCUCCGGCUCCUCCAUCAAAACACCGAAAGCAGCCAAGAAGGAGCGUGCCUCCAACCCCUGGGAGGAGAAUGUCACCACGGAGAAGCAGAUGGGUGAUGUGGGCACUCGGCAGCAGCUCCUGCCCAGCAAACCCGGUGAUGCCAUCACUGACCUGGACAUGCCUGCCACCUUCACCAAGGUCUCCCCAUUGCCACAUCAGGGAGUUGCCUCCAAAGGAAACAUGCCCAAAGGUCCCUUUGGGUCAGGGUCAGCAGCAGGUCUCCUGGAGCAUCCUCCAUCAGCAGCCAGCCCUGUUGUCCCAGGGCUUGGGGACAGCACUGCCCGCCUGGGACACCCUGUGUCGCCAGUGGCACAUGGGCAGCAGGGUCACGUCAAGCCAGGACCACCAGGGUUGCCAGGACCACCAGGGCUGCCGGGCUGUCCUGGGAGGCGUGGACUGGUGGGACCCAAAGGAGACAAAGGGUACCCCGGCGCCGUGGGGCGCACAGGCCUCCCAGGUGAUCCGGGCCCCAUGGGCAUCCCCGGUGUUCCCACCAUCGUGCUCUGGAGGAACUCCAGGGAGGACUGGCAGACCUUCACGCAAUCAUCAUUUUACCAGCUCCUGCAUGCAGGCUGGCCGAGGAAACCCGGAGCCCCUGGGCCCCCAGGACAUCCAGGGAGAACAGGAGCACCUGGACCCUGCGGAGAUCCGGGGGAGCCGGGUGAGAAAGGCCGUCGGGGGUACACGGGUGAAGCCGGGCUCCAGGGCUCGCAGGGACGCAUGGGUCACCCUGGCUUGGAUGGCAAACCUGGCUUGGAUGGGAAACCGGGGCCGUGGGGGCUGCCAGGAGAGCAGGGGCUGCAGGGCUUCCAGGGUGACUGGGGGCUGGCUGGUGAGAAGGGAGAAGAGGGUUUCUUGGGUGACCCUGGACCAGCUGGGGAGAAAGGAGAGAAGGGAGUGAAGGGGGUCAAGGGAGCAAAUGGGCUGCCAGGUCCUGCCGGGCUUCACGGGAUGUCGGGUCUGAAGGGUGUGAUGGGCUUCCAAGGCCCCGUGGGGCUGGAGGGAGAAGGUGGCUCUGUGGGUCCUCCGGGCCCUGCUGGCCCCAUGGGAGAGCCUGGCCAGCCAGGAUCCGUUGGAUGCCAAGGUGUCAAUGGCUCUCAGGGAGAAAUGGGUCCUCUUGGCUUGCCUGGCCCCCGGGGCCCCCAGGGACCACAGGGCUUGCAGGGGAGACGUGGCCCCCCCGGCCCCAGGGGCAUGCAGGGUCCAGCCGGGAUGGAGGGAUCCACUGGUCCCAAAGGAGACACUGGCGCAGACGGUGUCCCCGGGGUGAGGGGACAGCCAGGACCGGAGGGGCCUGUGGGGUUUAUUGGCCUGCCAGGUUCCAAAGGCACCCAAGGAGAGCAGGGCUCUCGAGGUCUGGCUGGAGCCAAGGGGGACUUGGGAGCCAAAGGACACAAGGGUCCAUGCGGAGCACAAGGAGCAAAAGGACCCCCAGGGAUUCAGGGCCAGGUCGGUCUGCAGGGCUUCCCAGGCCCCCGAGGUGCAGCAGGGCACCAGGGACCAGAGGGGGAAGAAGGCCAGAUCGGCCCAGUGGGGCUGAACAGCAGCGAGGGACCCAAGGGAAGCCAAGGACCUGAUGGCCCAAGGGGACACCCAGGACCGCAGGGAGCCCGGGGCCGUGUGGGUCAGCGUGGGCUGGUCGGAGUCCCGGGGCUGCCUGGCUUGCGGGGCAUCCUGGGAGCAGAAGGCACAGAAGGAAAGCCUGGUACACAGGGUCACCCAGGGACCAUGGGCAGCGCGGGCAGGAGGGGAGCACCGGGUUCUGCUGGCUUGCAGGGACCCCACGGGCACACAGGACCUCCUGGAUCCAUAGGCUCUCUGGGAAAACCUGGACCUGAUGGAGACCUGGGUUCCUUGGGCCCAAAGGGGCUGCCUGGGAAGCCUGGCUCGGAGGGGCCACAAGGACCUGUUGGCACCUAUGGCUACCCAGGAGCUGCUGGUGACCGUGGGAGGCCAGGGCGCAGGGGGGACAAGGGAGAAAGGGGAGCCCAAGGCCCACCAGGAUUCCCAGGAAAAGCUGGCCCUAAGGCCCUGCCAGGUCCCCCUGGUCCACGAGGUGCUCCUGGCUCUCAGGGCAGAAUGGGAGACCCAGGUCCUCGAGGACUUCCAGGGCUGCCUGGCAUUCCUGGUACACGGGGGCUGGACGGCAUUCCUGGGAAGCCUGGUUCAGCAGGAGAAACAGGGGCUCCUGGAGCUGCUGGUGCUGCUGGUCCGUUUGGGUACCCGGGCCGGGAAGGUCCAAAUGGACCUGAAGGGCCUUCAGGGAUGAGAGGAGAGAAGGGUGAUGCGGGACCUCCUGGGGAUGCUGGUGUCAGCGGGCUGGAUGGAGAGCAGGGACCACCAGGACCACCGGGAGCAGAGGGGCAGCCGGGGCCCAAAGGCGAGCAGGGAGAGGCAGGAACCAGUGGAGCUCCAGGCAUCAGAGGGGAGCCUGGAGAGCCAGGGGAAGAUGGGCCAGAGGGGCCACCAGGGAGACAUGGAGAGCAAGGCAAGGAGGGUGAUGCUGGUGAUGCUGGAGACCCAGGUGAGCCAGGACCACAGGGGCAGAAGGGUGAUGCCGGCCCCAGGGGCCUUCCUGGAGCACCAGGACCAGGAGCUGCUACAGGGGAACUUGGAGGAAAAGGCCAUAAAGGAGAGAAGGGACACGAAGGUUUGCUGGGCCAGGUUGGUGUCACCGGAGAUGUGGGACCUGCAGGAGCCAGAGGACGGUUUGGUGGGAUGGGUCUUCGAGGUGCUCCUGGGCUCAAUGGUCCCAAAGGAGUGAAGGGAGAUCCAGGACCACAAGGCAUGCAUGGACCCACAGGUGCUGCAGGACUAGAGGGACCCGCUGGAGAUGAUGGACCCAAGGGAGAUGGUGGCAAACCCGGUCCAGUGGGCGCAGUGGGUGCCAUGGGGCCGGUGGGUGCCCCCGGGCUCCGGGGAUACACCGGGCACCAAGGAGCCAGAGGAUCGGUGGGCACCAAGGGCCAGCCAGGCCAGCAGGGUCCUCUUGGGUCACCGGGUGAAGCUGGAGUCACAGGGCUGAGCGGCACUGAGGGCCUGGCAGGUGUGAAAGGGGAGCCGGGCGAGCUGGGAAUACCAGGACCGAUGGGGUCUCCAGGACAAGCCGGUCCUGAAGGGUGGAAAGGUCGCAAAGGAGAAAAGGGUGAUGUGGGGCGUGAAGGACAACAAGGGGUCCCCGGAGAAGCUGGCAGACGGGGCAAGCGAGGCAAGGCGGGCCACCAGCCCCCGAGGGGACCCCGGGGACACAAGGGCCACCCAGGUGACAAGGGGCUGGAAGGACCCCAGGGACCCCAAGGACCCUAUGGCAUUCCAGGGCUGAAAGGCAUGAAAGGAGACCCUGGACUGAAGGGACCCAAGGGCGAGAAGGGCAGCGCGGGUGAGCUGGGCCAGCAAGGGGACGAUGGCUUCAAGGGCAAGCUGGGACCCCAGGGCAUCCCUGGAAGGCCAGGACCCAAGGGACAGCAGGGUGACACUGGCCCCCCCGGCACACAGGGACACCCUGGCACCCCCGGGACACCGGGCUUGUCUGGACCCAAAGGGCUGAAAGGCUUCCCAGGGCUGCCAGGACCCAGGGGCACACCAGGGCUGCCAGGUCCUGCCGGCCCCCCUGGCCCCAGCGGACCCGUGCUCAUGCUGUCCAGGGAGGAGCUACGGCAGCUAAUUUAUCCCUCCAACCACCUGAACUACACUGCGGUCUGGGCUCUGCUGGACACCCUGAGCCAGGAGCUCCAAGCUCUUGUGGAGCAUCCCAACGGCACCAAAGCCAACCCGGCGGCCACUUGCAAGGAGCUGCUGCUGGCUCACCCUCAUCUGCCUGAUGGGCAAUACUACAUCGACCCCAACCAGGGCAGCCCCCAGGAUGCGCUGGUGGCCUUCUGCAACUUCACAGCGGGGGGUGAGACCUGCAUAGCCCCCAUCCACAACCAGGUGCCCAUCAAGGCUUGGCUGAGCACUUACACCUCUGAGAACACCUUCGAGUGGUUCAGCACCCUGCCUGGGGGCUUCCUGCUGGAGUACACAGGGGCCAGCACGGUGCAGCUCCGGUUCCUGCGCCUGCACAGCCACUUGGCCACACAGAAGGUCUCCUACUCCUGCAGACCGGCCCCGGAGCAGGGCCAGCCACAGCUCCAGAAGGAAAUCCGCUUCCUGGCCGAUUCCCGGGAGCAGAGCUAUGCAGCGAGCCUGCAGGGCUGCGUGCUGGACAAUGACUCCUCCAUCACCGACACCAUCUUCCACUUCGCCACCGAGGAGCUGUCCCUGCUGCCGCUGCGGGACCUGGCCGUGUUCCACAACGGAGACACCUCGCACCAGUUCGGUUUCACAGUCGGACCGGUUUGCUUCAGCUGAAACCGGUGACACCCAAACCGAGACGGUUCCCUCCCCACCCAGGAACUGUCCUGCUGGGGCCGUGGUGGCGGCUGGGAGUGACACGGGGCUCCCCAGAGCUGCCUGUCCUCCUUCUGAGAUACCUGUUUGUAGCUGCGUUAUGCCUCAGACUACAAUUUCCUUCUGGAGUAGAAGAAUGUUGUUUACAAAAGUCAUUUCUCUAUAAAUUAUAUAUAUAUUAUAUAUACGA